GUGCGCGCGCGGCGAAGCGUCCCUCCCUUCUCCCCCUCCCCUGCUCUUCUCUGCCCUGCUGCGGCGGAAAGAAAAACCCCCGCCCGCCAGAUUGGGAUUGGUAGGUGCCCAGCCACGAACUCCUCUGCUCCUCCCUCCAUUGCCGAACCGGAGACGAUUUCCCUUCUCUCCGCGGAGGCGGAGAUAGAUAGAUACUAGAUAGAUAGACGAGAUAAAUGCCCCCGACCCCGAACCGAAUCGCAGCCGUAUCCAAUCCCAGCCCAAUCCACUCGAAUCCGAGAGCGGCUGCCAUCCUCCCCUCCGCUUAAUAAAUCCCAAUCGCAUCGCCAUCAAAUCCAAUCCAAUCCAAUUAAUCCGCCGCCGCUUCCCCUUCUGUUCCAAGAAACAAGAUCGACACGCCGCCGACGCACCACACGAAUCGACAAGCAAGCAGCCUCGCCGCCGGCGCACGCACGAUGAGGUUCCAGGGCCCCAGGUGUUCGUUCCGGGAGGACGCCACCGACAUGGCUGGCGCCAUCUUCAUGUCGAACAGCGAGACGAGGGACCACUGCUUCAACACCGGCGUCUUCGGGCUACCGCCAGAGUACGGGCCCUUUGUGGCCAAUGUCAAGCAGGGGAUGCCCCUGUUCCUAUUUGACUACACAUUUCGUAAGCUUUACGGCGUCUUUGAGGCCGCCUCCGAUGGCGGCAUGGAUAUUAGCAGGACCGCGUUCCGGUCCACCGGCCGCACGUACCCCGCACAGGUUUGCUUCAAUAUUGUUUGGAAGUGCAGACCGCUCACUGAAGAUGAGUUUUUUCCUGCCAUAGAAGAGAACUACUAUAUCUCAAAAAAGUUCUACUUCGACCUUUCCUACCAGCAGGUCGUCCAGCUAUAUGGCUUAUUUGACAAAAAGAGGGUAGAGCACCCUAUUUGCAAUUAUUCAGCAAGUGCUAAUCUGGAAAAGGAGCACUCAAGCAUAAGGAGACCAGACAAAAGGAGCUUGACUCCAAAUAGUCCUCCUUUUUCUGCUGAUCGUUCCCACACUUUGAUGCCCUCCAGUACCCCAAAGGUCUCAACUGUCGAAACAAACUGCUCUGCUUCUACAAGCAUGCAUCUAAUUGCACCACCUACCUUUGAGACACAGCCAAGUGUGUCAAUGCCCUUGGUAACCAAAGCUUUUGGAGCCCAGACCGCUCCCAUCUACAGCAACCAAAUAAAACUACCUUAUCAUAGUCAAGAACAUCUCCGAGAUGUUUCAGCAAUAGAUGGCACUUCAACUCAGGUGUCUGCUCCUUACUCUCAGACAGCUAGAUACCACCAAGAUCAGUUUGUGGCAAAUCAGUCAUACCCAUCAUCUGAUGAUUAUCCGCACAAUAGCUUGUCUUCUGGGUGCAUGACACAAGGCCCAACUGAUGGAGUUAGGUUGUCAGUAAAGCAGUCAUAUGGAGGCAGUAGCUUGUCAUGUUCUCGGUCUUUAACUCGUGUUCCAACUGGUGAUGAAAGAAGCUAUUUGACCUCAACUCCGUAUUUCCCAUCAUAUCAUGAUUCAUCUCUGGCAAGUCCGCAACACAAUGCUCACUGGAAGGAUGACUACGACAUUAACUGCGACCAAUGCAGAGAGAUGUAUGCAUCUGAGCAACUGCAUUUAAACAGAGGAAAAUCUGUUACACCUCCAGAAUCAACUCAGCUAGGUAUUCCGGCUUACCCUGAAGCUCCUGAAGUAUCAGCAAUCAUUCAACAUAAAGAAAGCUUUACUGGCUACAUACCAAUCAAUGAUCGCCCUGAGGACUUUGAAAAAGAAAAGCAGAGACGUGAUUUUAAUCGUGAUGGUUCAGCCUCAUCAGGUUCUGGACAUGAAACAUUAGCCUACAUUUCAGAUCGACCAUAUACUGAUCAUGAUGUUGGAGCUGAAAGCAACAUGGCAGUUCCUAGUCAGCGUCCACAAAAGAACGUGUUUUCUCGCUUAUCAGUGAAGCCACAACUACCGCCCCAAGAAGUUACGGGUCCUUCAAUGAACCAACUGCUCUACUUACUUUCUCAGAGAACAAAACAGUGGAGCAACAAGAGUACAAGUCCUAGAGAAGAUGGUUGUAAACAGCUGGUCCGUGAACAGGACAUGGACAUGCCCUGUCCUCCUGCAGAGCUAAACCUGCCAAGUGGACUAGAAGGAGAAGAAUGCGCAGAUCCUCCCUUCUUGAACUUCAAGAGGCGCAGCAAAGCGGCUGGGCUGGAUACAGAUGUAGAAAAGGAGGUUAGCAACAAAAAGAAGAGAAGAAAGCUUGUGCGCCCUUCUUUUGGAGAAAAUGACACCACUGGUACUUCUGGAAACGACCUCCAAGGGAAUGCCAUAGUUGAAGUGCGCCCUUCACUCGAAGAAAAUAAAACUACUGGUAAUUCUGGAAAUGUCCUCCAGGGGAAUGCCAUUACUGAAAGGAAUCAGAGCCCUGCUUCCAUAGUUGAAAGGAAUCAAAGCCCUGCUUCCAUAGUUGAAAUGAAUCAUAGCCCUGCUGACAUAAUUGAAAGGAAUCAAAGCUCUGCUUCCAUAGUUGAAAGGAAUCAAAGCCCUGCUGCCAUAAUUGAAAGGAAUCAUAGCCCUGUCGAAACUGAUGGUAACAAGUUUAUCAUUGACCUAAAUGAACCAGCAUCUGUAGAAAGUGAUCUGGCAGAGGAUGGUAGCAUUGCACCGUGUCCUGUUGCUGCCAACAUACAGACAGAAGUAGAUGUCAAAAAGCAAAACUGCUCAAACUCGGCUGAGGUAAUCAGCAAACAAGAUGUACAGUCUGACAAUGGUGCGCCUACAGAGAAGAUUACACUUGAUCUGAACAUUACAGAUCUGAACACAAUGGACGAGGCGAAACUGCAAGCGAUCCUUGGCUCAUCAUUGUUGCAAGCACUUGACAAGCUCAGAAACAGCAAGUCCAGCGACGACUCCAACAAGGCUAAAUCAAGCCUCUCCGAUAAAAAUAAAAACAGCCAGGUGAAAAUGGAGAUGAAAUCCGACAUGAGCACCAAACAUAGGUGCAAUUGAUAGUGUUAGCAAGACUGCCCCUACUCCAGCUGCUGGAUAAGAAGAAUCCUCAACGAUCCGGUUGUGGAGUGGAGUAUACCAACCGUAGGAUGUUACAGUAGUGGUAGUAUCGUCCUUUCUAGUAGUUUAUAUAAGGCAUAUCUGCUUUGUCUUGAGUCAAACCCUUCUAACUUUGACCAAGUUUAUAUAAAAAGUAAUAUCAACAUCUAUCUUCUGUACUAGAUUGAUGUUGAUUGUUUUUUCUAUAUACUUGGUCGAAUUUAAGAGAGUUUGGCUUGAGACAAAGUAGAUAUGUCCUAUAAACUGAAUAGUAGCAGGUAGUGGCAUACGCAUAGGUGAAAGAAAACCUAUAUUUUGCAUGAUAUUUUGUGUUUUGGAGGAAGAAAGAUAGGCAGUCAGUUUGCUGCUCUGUAUGGCUGGCUGUCUGAGGCAGAACAGUUACCUCGUAUUAGUAAUGAAAUAUCCUUUCUGUUA